ACACUACUUCGCGGUGGCGGCGGGUUUUGUUGUUGAGGCGGGAGAAUGGCAUUGGCAAAGGGCCUGAGGCCACUUCAGGUGGUGUCUGCGAUAUUGUUCGUGAGGAUCCUGUCAGUUUUCCUGGUACGGACGUGGUAUGUGCCAGAUGAAUACUGGCAGACAUUGGAAGUGGCCCACAAGCAUGCCUUUGGAUAUGGAGCCCUGACUUGGGAGUGGCAGAAAGGCAUACGAAGCUACUUGUAUCCCAGCUUGGUAGCUGUGCUGUACUACAUACUGAAAUUGACUGGACUGGAUUACCCAGAAGCUGUGAUUUUCCUGCCCCGGAUCUUACAAGCUAUCAUCAGUACCAUUGCCGACUACAGCUUCUACAAGUGGACAGGCCGCAAAUGGGCAUUAUUCCUAGUACUUACAUCUUGGUUCUGGUUCUAUACUUCCGGGAGGACACUGCUGCAGACCUUAGAAACCUGUUUAGUUGCCAUUGGACUGUCUAAAUUCCCAUUCAAGGGUGGCAAGACAGGAUAUUAUGACAAGGAAAGCAGUGCCUGGGUCUGGCUGGCUUGCAUAUCCGUGUUUGUGCGACCAACAUCUGCACCUCUCUGGGUAGUAUUGGCUGCUUACAACUUGUACACUACCAACCAAGGACGAUUGAGGCUUCUACUGCGCACUUAUUUGCCUAUUGGAUUAUUGUGCAGCACCGCAUUGGUGGCUCUCGACUCAUUCUUCCACGGCAGCCUCAUCGUGACCCCGUGGGAGUUCUUCCAGUACAAUGUUUUGCAAGACGUUGCCUCGUUCUAUGGACAACAUCCGUGGUAUUGGUACCUAACUCAAGGCUUGCCCGCCGUUCUGGGAGUGAAUAUAGUUCCGGUUCUCGCCGCUGUCGGGGCGGUGGCGCGGCGGCCGAGGGAAAAUGUCACCGGAGUGUUAUUGCUGGCUGCCGCUGUACUGCACGUCGCACUUUAUAGUCUGGUGCCCCACAAGGAGUUCCGUUUUGUCCUGCCGUUGCUGCCAAUACUAUUGUACCUCGCUCAGGAUGUGAUCGCUCCGUGGAGCAGGAAAGCUAAGAGAUGGCAGUUGUACCUGGUGUCCGGAUUCAUCCUCCUUGGCAAUGCUGCCCCGGCUGUUUACUUUGGCAACAUUCACCAAGCGGGCUCGCUGUCCGUGAUGCCGCUCCUGAGGGAGUCGCUGCCCCACAACCGGAGCUCCAUAGCAUUCCUGAUGCCGUGCCACUCUACACCGCUGUACAGUCACCUCCAUGUAAAUGUAACGACCCGUUACCUGAACUGCGACCCCCCGAAGCCGGGACAGACCUACGAGAGCGAAGCCUUCUUCAACAACCCCGCCAGCUGGUGGAGGAAGGAGUACUCCACCAGGCAGACACCCACCCUGGUGGUCCUGUUUGAUAAGCUGAAGGGACGGGUGGAAAAUCUGCUUAGUGGCUACAAGUUGGUACACGAAGUGCCUCACACUCAGUUCCCAGAAGGCGAGGUCGGGGAGAACAUACUAGUGUACCAGAAAGUGGAGAGGGACGCCCAGCCCAAGACAGCUUCCGACGAGGUCGUCUAAUGCCAGUGAUGUUAGUAAAUUAUACAGGCCACAGCACAUUAAUUCUGAAAAAAGACAAUAGUAGAUAUGGUUCUGGUCUAUGCUUUAGUUAAUUACCAUGACAAAUCACCUAGGUGUGUUUGGGUCAUUGCAACAGGAGAGCUCACAGUAUCAACAGAAUAUUGCACAGCGCCAUCUACUUUCUCUUUCACUCAUAGGUAGAUAGCACGGGGUAGACAAAGAUACUUAGUGAAGUGAUUAUACACCCAUACAAGAACGACAACGUCGUAAGACUUCGUUCAUUAUUACUCAAUCCGGGGAGCUAACGACGCAACCGGGAACACAAUUGGAUGAUGAUAAGAACUAAUUGUCAAAAAGUCUACUGAGAUCUAUCAAUACACUAUUGCUCCAUUAUUUUGCAGAAUUGAUGCCAUUCACUCCCGCCGUGUAAAUCGUGCGUGGUUUCUCGUGCUGUUGUUUGUACUGACCAUUUUCCUUAAACGCCUCCAUUUGUCUUUGGAAUGCUAGCGUCAGGUUGGCAUUGGUUCUUAAUUAAAAAAAAAAAUCUUUUGAAUUGCCAGUUUUUAUUUUUUAAAAAAGGUUAACUUUUUUGAUAAGACGUGGACCCCUUAUAAAGUUUGUUAUGCUAUGACGAGGAAUUACUAAAAUUAGAUUUCGACAAAAACAUGCUUGUCACAAAUCUAGUUUUUUAUUAACUUCCUCUAUUUAUAUUUUAGAUUCCGCUAAAAUAUGCGUUAGCGUUCCAAAUAUUUGAUCCAUAUAAACUAUGCCAAAUAAGGCUUCCAUUAAAUUAAGAUUUGACGCGAACAAGACAGUGAAGUAUUUUUACAAUAGCGAUGGAAAACUAUUGAUAGAUAAAUGCCAAUAUAAUUUAGAUAAGUGUAAACUUACUCUGACUCUGCAAAGAGUUAUAAAUCAAACGAUACUAAUAACAAUAAAAUAGUAUAGUAUAUUCUUGACGUUUCGUCAAAAAGUAUACUGCAUUAUACUUUCAAUAGUUGAUGUUUCGGCAAAAUAUUUCUUUCGACAAAAUGAAUAUUUCAUUUUGUUAUUACUUACCGACUAUCAGACUAUGCAGCAUUUCAUGAUAACUUUUAAACAACUCUAGAUUUAAGGUUCGACGCAACGGGAUAUUCGCCCCGUUGAAAAUGUGUUCGGUAAAGUAAAUUUACAUUUUUGAAAUGUAUUUAUAAUUAUAUCGACUAUAUUUGUAUGGUGUAUCAUAUUUUGUGAGCAAUACGUCCUUGUAUACUAUUGUGACAGUUUAUAAAAAUUAAAAAAAAAAACAGUAUUUUAAGAAUUCUAAAUUAGUUUUUUUUUAAUACGCUAAAGCUCUUUAUUAAUAAGAAUCUGCUCGACACUUGUAUUAACGGAUUUUUGCAAUUAUUAAUUAACAAUAAAAUAAAAUGCGAGUGUAUUGAUACUUAAAGUCCAAGACGUAAAGUGCAAUAUCCAUUAUCUUCCCAUGUCUCUUAUGUAGAUAGAAAUAAUAUAAAUAUUGUCUACAUGUGUACAAGGACCAAAAUGGUUGUAUCUUGUAUGUACGUAAUUGCGCGUGUUAAAAAUAUUUGUUUAUAGUCUUAUCGCUUUUUGACCAGCGUUUCUUGACCUCUUCUUGUACAGGAUUUUAUAAAUAAAACAAGAUAAACAUCUAAAACAUUGAUGACAUUUAUUUUCAAAAUUGGAUACAAGGUAUCACUUAUUGACGUAAGAUCAUUUAAAUCUAUAACUACUACCUCUUCCAAAGCGCAUGUGUAGAAGAAGCAGCAUGACCACUGCGUAUAUAGAUUAAAUUUUCUUAACAAGACUUUAUGAUAAAAGUUACUCAAAAUUCUAAAACGAGACCAAGAAACGUUGGCAACAAAUUUUCUUUGCUGUAAAUCCAUGACUGAGCUUCUAUUAGCGAGUACAAACUUUUUUUAAUAGUGCACACUUGCCAAAGUUAGUAUUUAUGAAGACUAACAAUAACUAAUGUGUCACGUGUCUAUUACCCAACUGAGAAGAGGAGGGUAUUGUUUUUCAACUACUAUCCUAUUGCUACCACCGAAAAUGUAAUAAAAAUUAGUAAUUUUUUGACAAGUUCCAGUUUGAAAGCAGAGUUGGAACAAAUUGACCUAUGAGAUUGUUAUUGAGAAUUUUUUUUUUAAAUCUUUAUAUAAUUUAACUGUUUUUUUUUUUCAUAUAAGCGAUGAAUAAUGUUUGAACUAUUAUAAUUUAACCAAGAUUGACACAGAUUGACGUAGGUAUAAUAUAUUCAUUUACAAACACUGCGACUAUGUUUGCUAUUGGUCAAUUUGUUCUGUGCCUGCGCUUUUAAUGGCUAGUCCUGGUGUAAUUAGUUUUGUAAGCGUUCUUUGUCUAGAAAUAUGCUGCAAGUAAUCUGCCAAAUAAUUAUCUACAAAGAAAUCCGUACUUGUUUUUAAUAACUACUUCAAAGAAAAACAAAGUGAGAAUAAAUCAUAUUGUUUUAUCUUCACAACAUAAAUUUUAUUUACAACAUAUGCAAACGCUUAUAAAACUAUGAAAUUAUAAUAUGAUUUUAUAUAAUUGUUUUGUGAACUUCAAUGAAUGAAUAUUGAUAUAUUUCUGAAUACAGUACCUCAAUCGACUUAGAUAAUUAGAAAUUAUAAUUUAUCUAUAUUUGCAAUAAAAUUUACUUAUUAUUUUUAAUGCAAUCUUUGUCGUAAGUAUGUAGGCUAUUUUUUUUAAGAUAAGGAAAUCUAUUGCCUUGCUCAAAAUGUAAAGACAAAUAUUUAAGAUCUCUGUGAAAUGUCUUUGUAAUAUCUAAUUUUUAUAUAUUUAGAGGGCAUUGAACAAAAGAAGACAAAGACUUGUUUCAGUGUUUCGGUGCCCGCUCGCCAUCAGGUGGGCCUUAUGCAUGUUCGACGAUUUUAUGUGAAAAAAUACAAAAAUAUGGAUUUUUACAUAGAACAACUCUUCAUAAGUUCAAUGUCCUCAUUAAAAUGCGUAGUUAGCGAGUUAUAUAUUUUUUUUUUAUUUUGAAUGAUCAAUAACAGUUAUUACAUAAGUAAAAUUUUAUACAAUUUGUAUGUAUUUUUGAUGGCAAAGAUAUUUUUAACUACUUAUGUUUGAGACUUAGAAGUAUUGUAAAUAAGCUCUUAAACGAAUGUCGUAAGGUUUACAAUUCAAUAUAAUAGAAAGGUUUACUCGCGCGUUUUAUAAAUUUGUGAGCAUUUUUAGGUAAAUAGUUAUGUUGUUUUUUUUUUUGAUAAGUUAAAUGAAAAUGUCUUCUAUAGAAAUGUAAAGUGUGAAUUUUAAUAAAGAUUUUAUUUUUAAAUACGACAAUA